AUUUGUAUAGAACUUAAACUUUUGUUUAAAAUGCGAAAAUUUAGUAAUAGAGGGUAUUUACUAUUUUUUUAUAACGUUCGUUUUUGAGCGUAGUUUUCUCUUUGUCGUUGUAAUAAAUUAUUAACCUCAUUUAUGAUUUAAACAUUACGUUGGAAUAUAUAUCAGUAAUAAAAUGCACUUAUUGUGUACAAUCUGCAGUGAUUUAUUAAACCAAUCUGAAAAUAUCUAUGUGAUCAAGUGUGGUCAUUUGUUUCACUAUCACUGUAUAAAACAAUGGAUAAGCAGAUCGAAAUCAUGUCCUCAAUGUCGUAUCAAUGUAACAGAAAGGUGCAUGUUCAGGCUUUACCCAACCAUUUCAAAUGAUGUUACUGUUGAAGAUGUCACAACAUUGCAGUCAAGACUGGAUGAUUUACAACUGCAAUUACGACAGGAAAAAUCAAAAUGCAACGAAAAAGAUAAUCAAAUUAAAGAAUUUAUUCUUAAUUUAAAAAAGAUAGAAGAUUCGCUGCAAAGUUCUGAAAAAAAGUUGGUUGAGAAAACAUCUGCUGUUAUAGCUCUAAAAGAUCAAUUAAAAUAUGUCCAAAUACAAAAUAAAGAGGUUCACAAACUAAAGUCUGAAAAUGCAGAACUUAAUAAAUAUGUCAAGACAUCAACUGAACUUAACAAAGUAUUGAAUGCGUGUUACGAUGAGGUGGAAAAAAUGAUACAAGAUUACGCGGACAUACGAACUUUAGCUACAUUUGCAACAGCAUUGAAACGAGCAUUAUGUGAUUCGGAGAAAAAGAAAAAACAAUAUUGGGAGCAAGUACACCUAUUAAAGCAAAAGUUGGCAAGUGAAAAGGCUACAGUGCAAACUCUUCAAAGCAAUUUAGACCAAUUGAUGUCACUUAAUGUUACCCUGACGCCACACGAUGCACCAAAAUUGACGCAAUUCGAAAGUAGAGCAGAACCCGAGAAUACUGAUAGCUUCAAACGGGAAGUUGUGGCUCCAGGACCUUCGGUGAAUUCAAUAGUAAAAUCGGACUCGCCAUACUUAUCGUUGAAGCAAAGUAGCCUUCCCUUAACCGCCCUGCAACGGCGACCGAAACAACAAUUACUCGAUAAAAAUCUUAAGCCAUCAGAAUUUGCACUAUUUAACUCUAUAAAAACGACAUGCCAAAAGUUUAAAGAACAAGAGAAAGAUAGCAUUUUCCACAAAAAGGAAAAGCCAGAAGCAAAUUUUUUUAAAGAAAAUGUAACGGAUAUGGACACUUCGUACGAUGGGCUUGGGGGUCAUUCUAAAAUGGACAUAUUUCCACAGCCAAGUACAAGCAAUACGACACGUAUUCCCAAAAUAUCUGCGAAACAUAAGCUAAAACGUCCCAAUAGUCAAGACCUAAACGAGGUAUCAAUCAAUAAAUACUUCAAAAAGUUAUAAAUAGUUAUAAGUAGAUUUUAUUUUAUUUUAUCAAUGCUAAAUCAAAGUUAAGAAAUCAAUGUGAUCUAAAAUAGAAAAAUAUAAUAUAUUGUAAAAAUAGAUUGAGAUUGCAACAUCUAAAGAAUGACAAUGACCUUAAGUUGCCUUGGAAGAAAUAUAUUUUUCUAUAUAUUUUGCUAGAUAUAAAAAGAAGAAAAAGGUGAUUUCUUAUUUGUACCUGUAUUUGCCAUUUAAUUUUAACAUGUAAUAUUUUCUUCAUGUAUAUCUUUGUUAUGAAGUUAUGCUAUCCGUCUAUAAAUUUAUUUGUAUAAGGGCCUGUUUCACAAUGUAUGGAUAAAGUGCCAAAUAGCUAUGCAACACAUAAAUUAUUCGAAAGAUAAAAGUUCCAAAUAAGAUACUUCGAAUUUCAUGACGUA